AGUAAAAUGCUUCAAAUCGAUUCUAAAAAGUCAUUAUCGAUCCACACUACUGUCUCGCAAAAUGUCGCUUUGAAAUGGCCGACGUUUAGGGGGAGUGUCUUGCGGAAAUUGAAUUUCUUUGUGAUUUUUACGCUAUAAGAAUAAACUGCCUACAGCUACAGGCUCGUACAUUCCAAAUUUAAAAGACUGAACUUUUUUUAAUAAAGUGGAUAGCAAUGGCUUGGCGUUUUAAAGCCUCUAAGUAUAAAAAUGCAGCGCCUAUUGUGCCAAAGCCUGAAGCAUGCAUUAGAGACAUCUGCGUGGGGUCAUAUCAGACUUAUGGGAACAAUAUAUGUGCGUCGGCAGCCUUUAUGGCGUUUAACUGGGAGCAUGUAGGAUCUAGUAUGGCAGUGUUACCGCUAGAUGACUGUGGAAGGAAGAGUAAGACUAUGCCGUUGCUUCAUGCACAUUCCGAUACUAUAACAGACAUGGAGUUUUCUCCAUUCCAUGAUGGUUUGCUGCUGACGGGAUCCCAGGAUUCUCUGGUUAAAGUAUGGCAUAUCCCACCAGAGGGUUUGAAAGAGUCCCUUUCGACUGCAGAGUGUACUCUGUCACAAAAACAGAGGCGGGUGGAGAAUGUGGGCUUCCAUCCUGUUGCAGAUGGACUCAUUCACGUGGCUUCAGGACAUGAGCUCGCUUUGUGGGACUUGACCAAGCAGAAAGAAGCUUUUGUAAACCGCGACCACGGCGAAGUCAUCCAAUCGACCUCGUGGAAGAAAGAUGGCCGCCUGCUCGUGACAUCAUGCAAGGACAAGAAGGUGCGGGUCAUUGACCCUCGCGCGCCCUCCCCCGUGCUCAGUGUCGCCAACAGCCAUCAGAACAUCAAGGACAGUCGAGUUGUGUGGCUGGGGGACCAGGAUCGCAUACUUACUACUGGUUUUGACGCGGCGCGCCUCCGUCAAAUCAUGAUCCGCGACGUCCGCAACUUCUCCCAGACUCAAAAGACUCUGGAGCUGGACUGUUCCACAGGCAUCUUAAUGCCGUUGUUCGACGCGGACACCAACAUGCUGUUCCUGGCGGGCAAGGGAGACACUACCAUCUUGUACAUGGAGCUGACUGACCGGGAGCCCUAUCUCAUUGAAGGACUCAGGCAUUCUGGUGAACAAACAAAGGGUGCCUGCCUGGUCCCGAAGCGCGCGCUGCGCGUGAUGGAGGGCGAAGUGAACAGAGUGCUGCAGUUGACUGGAUCCUCUGUUGUGCCUAUCAUGUACCAGGUGCCGAGGAAGAGCUACCGCGAGUACCACGCAGACUUGUAUCCGGACACUUCUGGCAGUGUGACCUAUGUGAGCGCGCCCAUGUGGCUGCAGAACCAUGACCACCCCGUGCCUUGCAUCUCGCUGCAUCCUGAUGCCAACAACUGUGCUCAAAUACACCGAGGCAACUUAGAAGAGGUUGUGAAGAACAUUUUAUCUAUGCCAGUACCAAAAAAGAUGGAUAAUAAGAAGGCUAUUACACCGACACCAGUAGAUGAACCAGUUAAACAGACGGUUAAACAGGCGAGUGGCAAUGUACCAGAACCAAAAUCCGAAGACCGUAUUGACUUUGUCAACGUGAAAGACCUAAUCAAAGGCAUGGAGCGACAGAAGACGAAAGAGUCCAAAACUGUUGAUGCUAAAGAGACGAACGGUUUCCAUAAAAAGGAAAAUCGCGAGAACGGUCACGAUGGCAAGGCAGAAACUGAUGGUGAAAAGACCGAAAAUUCCGAAAAACCAGAGAAGAUACAAACGCCGCAAACGGAGAAGUCUUUCGAGAAGACCGUGGAAAAGACCAUCGAAAAGACUGAAAAUACCGAGCGAUCUUUCGAAAAGUCGGACAGUUCUGAGUCGAACGAGUCGAGUUUGUCUCGUAGUAACAGUUAUAUCAACGGGUCUCAGGUGCAAGUCCCAAAGCCGCUGCCGAGGUCAUCAAUCUCUGAGGGGGGGUCGGCCGAGGAGCAAGGGCCUGAAGCUCCCAAGCCCAAACCUAGGACCACUACUGCCCCAGUGUCCGGUUAUAAGCCUCGCCUCGGCCCGAAGCCGUUCUCGGCGUCUCAAGGCAGUGAAGAGUUCUCCUUCGACAAGGUAUUCUCCGUGCCAGCAGUACCUGGACUUACUAAGUCCGAUUCAGCCUCGUCUCCGAUAUCGGCGCCUGCAGCUACCACGCCGGCGACGUCGACUCCUAUCGCUAAGGACGAUGAGAAAGACAAGUCACUCUCGCCUACUAGCGACGUGGACGUCGCGCCGCUUAAAGAAGAGUACACGAACGGAAAGUCGGACACGAGUUUGGAGGAGGAAGUAAAUUCUUCGGACUCUGGCUACAUGCCCAAGACGCCGAGCACGGCCGACCGCAGGAAGCUGUUUGAGAAUACGCAGCCCGACGGGCCUGCGCAGUCCAUCGCGGGGCGGCGCCGCGCGUACGAGAUGCGCUCCGUCAGCGUCGCCGUGGAGUCCGACACGCCGCCCUCGCCCGCUCCCCUCAGGCGUAGAGAUUCACUCAAGUCUCGCAAGAGCCCGGACCGUGAGGACAAGCGCUCGUCUGUGCCUAACGUUACCACCAAGAGGACAUCUACUGUGUUUGGCAAAGUGUCGAAGUUUCGCCACCUGAAGGGCACGCCGGGACACAAGUCCACCCACGUGGAGAACAUCAAGAACGUCAGCCGACAGAUCUCCGGAGAGUGCAACGGUUUCUAUGCGAACGGUAUUCGCUGCGCAGUCCCAGUGAGCGGCGGCGGCGGGCGGGUCGCCAUUAUCGAGCUGCCGGUGGGCGCUACGCCCUCCGCCCGGGCUCCGCCCACACACCCCGCAGGGCUCCACCCCCCGGCGCUAUUACACCCCGCGCCGCUGCAGGACUGGGGUUGGGAUCCCUUCAGGGACGAUAGGCUGAUGGUCGCCUGCGAUGACGGAAUGAUACGCGAGUGGAUCAUUCCGGAGAACGGCCUCCAAGAAUCAACAAACGAACCAUCCCGCACAUGGUCAGCUCACCCGGACAAGAUCUACAUAGUGCGCUUCCACCCUACAGCCAAGGACCUAUUGACCACAGCGGCCCACGACCUCACCAUCAAGCUGUGGGACCUCAGCAACGACGUGCCGACGGCCGAAGUAGUGUUGACAGGGCACACUGAACAGAUAUUUGCUAUGGACUGGUCGCCGUGCGGGGAGUACCUCGCCACUGUCUGCAAGGACGGACUCGUUCGGAUAUACAAGCCGCGUUCAUCGACAGAGCCGCUGCGCAGCGGGCCAGGCCCCGCCGGGUCUCGCGGCGCACGCGUCGUGUGGGCCCUCAACGCCACACACCUCGUCGUCACUGGGUUUGACAAAGUAUCGGAGCGUCAGAUCCUGCUGUACAAGGCGAGCGACCUCUCUGCUCCGGUGUGCACGGUGGGGCUGGACGUGUCGCCCGCCAUCCUGCAGAUACAUAUCGACCACGACUCCGCUACGCUGUUCCUUACCGGACGGGGCGACUCUACGAUCUACUGCUACGAGGUGACGAGCGAGGCGCCCUUCGUGUGCGCGCUGUCCCACCACCGCUCGCCCACGCUACACCAGGGGAUCGCCUUCCUGCACAAGAACCUCGUCGCUGUCGAGAAGGUGGAGUUUGCCCGGGCGUUGCGACUUACAAAUGGCAACAUCGAGCCACUAUCAUUCACAGUGCCUAGAAUAAAGAGCGAGCUGUUCCAAGACGACUUGUUCCCCCCCACGCUGGUGACGUGGCAGCCGUGGCAGGCGGCGCGGGACUGGCUGGCGGGCCACCACGCGGCGCCGCGCACGCGCAGCCUGCAGCCGCCCGGCAUGGAGCCGCUGUCGGCGCACUCGACGCCGUCGCCGGUGUCGCGCGAGGCCCGCGACAAGCCCGCACACAAACCCAAGCCCGACCUCAUCAAGUCGCACGUGCCGUUAGACCCCAAGGAGAAACAGGAUAGUAUAAUGAAAUCAAUGAGCGCUAAAGUGACAGUAAACAUGAAGUUGGAGCAGGACAAUAUGGAAGGCGUGGACGAAGCCGAGUGGGAGCAGUGAGGCUACUAGACGCCAAGGUAGUGAGUGUAGUCCGUUGCAAGGCUCUAGUGUUACCUCCGCUGCAGUAGACCAACAACCCGGACACUCAUUUAACCCAAAGAAAAUGUUCUUACCGCCUUACCUUGUGCGCAAGCGAGACAGGCUGCGCUCGUUUCCUCACUCGCUGAGGUUGACGACUAAAUAGACUAAAGUGACCAUUUCUCGGGGGUCGCCCUGCUCAUCUCUUAGAAAAUUUUGCGUUUUGUUACUGUACGUACAAUUACGAUCUUGAAACGCAUAGGGACUAGGAACACAAAAAUAAAAAAUAAAAACCACUGUCAUAAACGAAACUAAACGCAACUGACGGUUCAAAUAAAAUCCAUAGAAAAUUAGAAAGUUAUUACAGAAAAACUAUACUUGGCAAAGUUACUUCUUAUACCUUGAGAACCACAAGGGGCCACAUUGAAGCUAUUCAUCUUAAAAGCAAUAUAGCAAUUUGAUAUUUGUGCAUUUGAAAGUAAGUGCGCAAUGUUAACAAAUGUUAUAGCAAUAUUGCUUUUUUAGCUGCAAUGUAGCCUUUUUAACCCUCCAGAUCUUUCCCAUGUAAAAUUUUAUACUUAAGGAAGGUUUACCUAGAGAAGUAAAAUCCUUGCAACUGACUACAUUAUUUCAACCUUAAACACGUGUAAAACUAUAUACUUGAGAUUUACCUCUACCUUAGACUAAAUGUAUACCCCGUACUGUCCUGUACAAUUUUCCAAACAUUCGAAUGACGAUUACAAACUGAUGGGAGUUUAAAAUUUCCAAGUCAUCUAAACAAAGCAAGAAUCUACGUCACUGGAACUAAAUGGAUGUUUCGGGAAUUGAAAACUCCAUAUCAUCGCCUUAAAGUGAAAACCACGUAAAUAAAAUUUGAAAAAUCACAUCUGAUGUGACUUUUGUCAACAAAACCAUAAUUUCUUUCCAGGUAUUAUUUAUUAUUGUUAUUUAUUUAUAUUGUUACAAAAAAAUUGUUACAAACAUUAUUAAUAUGACGUCGUUAAACCCUGAGAGUCUUAGUCCCGACACCAUGCCCAUAACACGCUACACCUUUUUGCCAUUACUUGAAGGUCUCGAGAACCUACAAUAAAAAAUAUUAUAAACCCUUCCUAUGUUCUUCAGGUUUACUCUGGGUCUGAAGAUACAUUCUCUUUUUGUUACAAAUAAACCUUUACAAAACUUUUUUAUAUGUAGUUUCUAAUAAUAAAAAUAACAUUUAACAGUAUAUAUAACACAUUCGAAUGUAAUUUUUCGCAAAAACCCUUACGACGUUUUCUCUAUAAAGCGAUGAUAUUUGAAGUGUUUGGUAAAUUUUAUACAAAAAGUAAUUAUACCAUGUCGAGUAUAGACACAACUAUAAUACUGAAAGUGCAAUCUUUGUCUUAUAAAUACUACCUGUAUGACAGUUGUGUGUAUCUUGGCUGUCUCCCUAAUAUAGCACAAUAUAUAUGGAAAGAGAUUAAACAAAGCAAAAUUACAACUAACAGGAGUUGUGUAGUGUAUUCAAUGAAGUUCUAAACUUAUAUGUAAAUUUAUUUUAAUAGUUUAUUGUAUAUAAGAUAGUACACAAAGGCGUAUUGUUAACAUACAACACAGAAGAAAGGUUCAGCAUAGAAACUAAUCUAGCUAAAAUGAGUAAUUUAAAUCGAAAAACCUUGUUUCGGACGGGACUUGAGCCCGCAGCUCUUGUCCGGGGACGAGCGUGCAUUACACCACCGUGUCCUCCUCCUGUCCAUGCGAAAUUAUUGGUUCUAUGUAUCGUCAUUAAGCCGACGACGAUUUUUUUUUAUUUAAAUUUCUCUUUGUGAGUUUCCCUAAGCAUGGAUGGAUGAGUGCUAUAAAAACAAAAGUCUCACCUAAAACGAUUUUCGUUAACGAAAUAGAAUAGAUUGCAUAUACAUGGGAUUGGUAUAUACGAAUCACGUGACAUUUCGUAAGCUUUCUGUUUUAGGGCGUUGAUGAAAGCGAGACGCUAGUUGGUUGGCUAGGGCCUCUAGUCAUCUCUAUUUGGUGGAGUCUGGCUAGCGAGAUCUGUCUAAAAGAAACGGCGGCUAUCGAAAAAAAUCCAAGUAAACACUGCGCAAGUGAAGUUGAUAUUCGAUAUAUAAUUUUAGCAUAUAUUAAAGCAUUUAGUAUCAUACUCCACUUGGGCAGUGUAUACUUAACGUUUUUCAGCUAUAGCUUGUUUUAUUGCCCAAGUGAAGUUGAUACUAGAUGUAUAAUUUUCCGUAGCACCUAGUAUCAACUGUACUUGGGCAGUGUACACUUGUGUUUUCAACUAGUUAUUAAAUUGCCGCCGUUUUCUCUGUAGACUGUAACCCUUCCUUUUUUCUGCUAUGGUACCCAAAUCCUUUCAUAUACAUUGUGCUAUAACAUGUAAACCAUACCUCUAGUUGAUAUACUUGUAGUUUUUGAUACCUACUCCCGCCCAAUGGACACAAUAUUUUAUAGGACUUUUUCCCGGCUAGCGGUAAUAUAAAUAGCUCACAUUUUUAACGCAGUCUUAACUAUUUACUAGUUAAUAAGUCACCGUAAUGUAUGCUAAUGAAAAAUGUCAUUUUCGUGAUUACAUUGACGUGAUUUUGAUCGAAGAUACACGAGAAUAUCGCGUGAAGAUAAAGGAUUAUAACUGAUUCGGAUUUUAACUGUCUGAAAGUGCGGAAGCUAUGAAGAAUCUGCGACAUUAGAGCCGCGGCCGCAGGGCUUAUGUCGUGACGCGGACUAUAUUUUAAAUAUGGUAUUAUCUUUAGUCUUCGUUUUGUAAUAAUGCGAAAAAUGAAUGCAAAUGUGUGCCUUUGGGUGCUUAUGCGAAAAAAUAAACGUAACCUAUUUUAAAUUAAAAGUAAUAAAAAUCAAGAGCAUCUCUGUGUAUCUUCGAACUAAGUCCUACACUUAAGUUGUGAUCUCAAUAUAUUCGACCAAACUAAUGCUUUAAUGCAAGCGACCGUGCUCACUUAAUGCUCAUUCGUAAUGCAUUCUAAUUAUAAACGGACGAUGUUGCGUUGGAAAAAUAUUUGCCACUAGAAAAGUUCAAUCCUAUCGAUAGAUGGCACCGUUAGUACAUCGAUCGAUUGCGUAACACACUAAGAAGGAAGGUUAAUAGUCUGUGUCGCCACUUGUCGAUAGCCUGUCUGCCGUAUAGAUAUAUAUAUGAUAGCCGUGCUAUCUGUCGGUUAAGUUGUAGAAAUUUCUAGAACUUUCGAAUCGAUCGAAGUUAUCAGAAGGUGAAAGGUGCACUAAAUGGGGUGAUAAAGUUCGUUAUUUGCGUUUCACAUCUCGGCACAAGCCUUAUAGUAUCGACAGAAGUAUGUGGCAUACUCUUUUCUGUUUUGAAUGAUUGGUUAAUAAAGAUAUGGGUUAUAACAAAUGUUAGGUACGCUCAAUAAGAUGCAACCCUUCCUUACGUGUAUCUCAUAUCGUUUCGAAGAACUAUAUGGACAUGAAUAAAGUAGUAAGUGUGCGAUCUCAUAUUUUUCUAACGCAAUUCCAGUACCACACUUAGCUGCGUAACAUUCCUAUAUUUUUUGCCAUACAAAAUGCAUUUAUUUAUACAUACUUACGUACUUUGUGUAUUUUAAAGAUAUUACUAUUCGUAUAUGAUUUGUAACGCUAUAGAUAAGGAAAUAUAGGGUACUUCAUACUUGUUAGGGAAUUGACGUUUAAAUGUAACCAAUAUUUUAUAUUGUAGUCGUCAUUAUUACGUGUGGGGUGGUUGGUUGCUGUCUUUAACAGCCUGUUACGCAUCUAACUGCAGAAUACACUCACAAGGGCUGAUUUUUCACUAAACGGAUAAAUUAUUUGUCAGUGGAAUAGCAAAAUUUUGUAUGAGAAAAAUCUAAUUUGGAAGAGAUUAUUCCAGGAAUGGGCGCUAUCUGCCUAUUGAGAAAUGAGGCCAUAAUCUAAAAAUGCAAUAUUGGCAUUUGCGCACUUAAAAGUAACUGCGUGAUGUCAAACGAAUGACAGAGAAAUAUAUGUUUAGGUAAAUAGUUCAACGCGGACCAUUUAAGCCCCCUGGCCUUCAUUGAAGGAAAGCAUUCGAGGCAUAUUUUAUGAGAUUGUUGAACAAUAGAACCUAUUGAUUGGGAUUCUUAUUUGAUUUGGCGCUGACAUUGCAAAAAUGGCACCCAUACUUUUGGAUUUUGCCUAAUAUUGAGAAAUGUUAAGACCAUAUUUACGAAUGCGGUUUAUUCUACACUCUUGAAGCCGUAUCUUAUUAUUGCGGUACUAGUAACCAAGUGGCAGCCGAACCACCCAACAGAUAUUAGAAACAGUGUAAAAAUCUCGCGAGUUUAGUCCCGCUAGCUGCCAUAACACGACGUUUUGCUCAAGACGCCAAAGAGAUCGUUUCAAGUCAACAUUCAGAUCGUUUAUUUACAUUAUUACGUUUUUCAGAUUGUAUAAAAACACAUUUUUACGUAUAUUUCGUAUGAUAAAGUCUUCGAGCCGAAAUAAAGGUCUAUCUCAACUUACACCCGAUGAUUUUCUAAAUCAAUGCAAUAUAUAAAAUAUAAGCAAUCAUCCUGAAAUCUUUAUUUUUGUUACCUUUUACAAGAUUUAAAAAUGAGGAAAACUGUAUGGUUUUUAGUUGUGAAUAUCAAUUUUUCACUUUCAAGAAGAGUAAGAAGUCAAAAAGUAUUAAGAAUGGAAUCUCCUUAUAUUUAUUUCUGUCAAUACUAAUAGGUAAAAUUAUAGGAAGAUGCUAAAAUCGGCUUGUAUCAUGGAAUUAAUGUUAUGCGUAAAUAUAUUGAUUUGGGCCUUUAUAAAUUUGUCUAAGCGGACAAGAUGGCUACAAUGGAGGGUCAUUAGGGUUAGUUCGGCAUAAGCGGAGCGGAUAGCGUAUGUAUUGAAACUUCAAUAUUGCCAAUUAUUGGUCAGCAAAAAUUUAGUUUCGAUCGCCAUCUACUCGCAAAGAAGAAGAAUAUUGCCGCUUUAAGGUCGAUAAUUAAGCUUUUUAUUUUGAGCAUGUGGCAACAAAAUGCUAUCUCGAUUAUACAAAAUCGAUCGCUUCCCAAAACGCUUACACUGCGGCCUAUGUGCGAACUACCCCUUAAGCUUUUUUCGUAUUAAAUUUAUUUAAAACUACGGAUAGAUUUAAUAUUAUUCACUAGUCAAAAGUUAUACUUUAAAGCGAUUCAUAGAAAUGUUUUCUUACGUAUUAAUUUAUAUUUAAGGUUUAUUAUAUUAUAUCUCUUAGUUUUAUUUUUUAGUAUUUUAAAAGGUUGAAUAGUUGUCGGUAAGAUUUUCACUGGUUAUUUUUGUGAUACUUUUGAAACAAGAAUCGUUAAUAAUUUUAUUCAGUAUUUUUACAGUAUUUUACUAGAAAUCUUAUGAAUAUUUUUCACUUCGUUUUUUUUAAAGACAUUAAAAUAAUGACAUUAUUUAUAAGAAUUUUACUUCUAAUAUCGGUUUUAAAACCUUAAUCGCACAUUUUUGUAAACAAUAUAUAUUUAUUUUAACGUAUUACUCAAUAUUAUGCUUUUCCAGUGAAAAUCAUAUUGACAACUGUACAAUGUAAACAUGCACAUGUACUCAUAUCGAAGCUCUAAGCUAAACUGCACUCUAUCAAACUUAAUUUAAGGACGCACCUUUGGUAUGCAACUUCAAAUUACAAAUUAUAGUUAUAAAAAAUAUAAUUCAAAUAACUUUACAUCGAAUGUCAACAACAUGAAGAUGUAUUUUUUUCUUGUACUUUACUGUAGAUUUGCAUCGAACUGCAUUCAUUAUUUGACCGGACAAAUAGGGAACUCGACUAACAAAAACAAUUCAUAUAUGGUAAACGUGACUAUCUUCUGGGAAAGGUAGCAACGUGGUAUUUACUGCGAUAUGCGAUGCAUAAAAAAUGCAAUCCAAACACAAAAUAUAUAAUUCUUUCAAUGUAAAGUUAUUUGACAAUGCACAAACAAUAGCACUAAAUGUAUCGUAUGACAGAUCCUUUUAGAAGUAAGUAGGUAUUUACAUUUUACUACCAGCCAAAAUGUUUAUACAGGGUUCUUUAAAAUUAUAAUGGUAUUAUAACGGUACUGUAUUAAGUUAUGUUUAUAUAACGCGAAAAAUAAAAAUAAUCUUUCUUAUGAACUACUAAAUUUUGAACGUUUACUUCACUAUAGUUGUUCUAUAAAGGAUCAAUCAUACGAACAUGUCUUUUAAAAUUAUGCACAAAAUAUUUCUCGUACCUCUCGCUCGUGGCUCUCUACCGUCUACACACCAAAGUUGUGAAAUGACAAUAAAUUAAUUUUGAAACGAAACAAAUCUUCCAAAUUAGUUAAUUUAUUUUCACGUUAAACACUUACUUUCCACGUUUAUUUAUUUCACUGUGUGAUUGUAAUGAAAUUGAGAAAAUUGUGCCAAUUUUUUUGUAAAAUUUUUCGUCAUGAUUGGCGUAGUUGUGUUGUACACUUUUAAAUGCAGUUAAUUAUGUUUUCUUGACCAGACAAUGGCAUAAAUAAAAAUGGAAUAUCAGAGCAUGACAUUUCUAUAUACUGCCGGUUUACACAACCAACGGUAUAUCAAAUGCGACAUGAAAAGUUUGUAAACUAUUGUAGAAUUACGCACACAUUCUCAUUUUUCAUAUUUUCUGGUCAAGAUUUCGUAAAUAAUGGUCUGAAAAGGCCACAUUGAAGCAAUUCAAUAUUGCAAUUUGUCAACAAAUGUCAAAUAGCAAUUGUUUAGAUGAAGUGCUUCAAUGUGUGUAAAUUUAAACCCCCCAGGAAAACCAUUCCUCAACUGUGUGAGUGCGUGUAAUGUAUGUAAACCUACAGAUAUCCUAGUAUAAGGCUCAAUAUUUGGAGAUAUUUUUAUUAUUUUGCAUUUUUUUAUUAAACUCUGGCUAAAU